ACCCGGGCACUCCUUCGACACGGCACGGUAAUAUGAAAACCGCAUGUUUACCGUGGCGACAACACUACCGCGGUCGGGCAGAACAUAUCAAACAUCUAAUCAACGCAAGAGAAGUUCAUUGAUACCAAACAAUGUGACGAGCGUUUGGUCUGCAGUUUGCGCCACCGAACUGGGUAUCCUUCCCCAGUCGGCCCUGAAGCAUGUCAACUUCAUUAAUUACGUCGACUUUCUGGGCACCGCGAACAAGAACGCGGAGAAGUCCGCCGAUUCCGAGACGAGCGAUCGUGAAGAUGUCGUGUGUGAGUCCGCGAAUAUCUUCAAUGACUCGUGGCCGUUUAUCGAUCCGUCGCUAAUCCCGCAAACUACUUCGAGGAAGCCAGUACGAAGACGACUGAAGAGAAGAAAAUGGACGCCAAGACGAUACAGAAAGCUAAAGAAUAACGCGAAUCACGAGAUCGAUGAUGCAUCGGAGGAUCUCUCGAUUAAGAGAGCGUCAUCGCUGGAAUCCGACCAGGAAGAUUUCGACUUAUCGACUCAGGAAUCGAGUCCGACGGCGAGAUUAUCGGGUAACAACUUUUCGUUAAUGCAACUCCGUACUCGGUCGUCCGCCAGGAACGAAAAUCGCGCGCGUUUAUCCAAAAGUUACGUACCAGCCGGCAAGAACGAAGUUCGUCGAACAACAUCGAGAACGAGCUCGAAAAAGAUCGCGCAAAUUGAUUACUCCAGAUCCGGAUAUUCCAAAUUCUGUUCGUCCAGUCGCCAGAAAAGAGAACAGCCGCAAAAUCGUGCGGAAUUGCCGGAGUAUCCUGACUAUUUUAUGAACAUCCUACCUGUAGACAAUGACUCCGAUACGUCGGAAGAAGCGAGAAAGUCGGAUUACGAGACUCCUAGAAACGAUGCGCAAAACAGAAUCUCAUCCGCGAAAUUCGCAAAAUCCAAUUCACUGCCGUCUAAUACAUCUGUUGAGAAUGGAAUCGUUUUGAGAGGAAGAAAAAAAAUGGCACUGAAACAACAGAAAUAUCAUUUAAGAAGCAAUGGUGUUUAUUCUAAGAUUUCAAACAAACGAAGAGGCAGAAGAAAAAAAAGAAGAGGACAUAAACUUAAACAAAAGAAGAAAUACCGCAAUGCUACAGAAAACAGCAGUUGCGAGGAAAGUUUGUCAGAAUCCGAAUCGAAUUUGAAAGACUCUGCCGAUGACGUAAAUAGUAGCACAAAAAUACAGAAACGUUGCCGUUGUAAUACACGACGUCGACGGACUAGAAGUAUCGUCUGCACGUGUAAGAAGAACUUGAAGGAAGCAGCGAAUGUCAUUAUGCAGGAGAUUCGGGCGCACAUACAUGACGCGAAAGGACUUACUGAGGAUGUCGAAAGUGUUCAGGAUACGAUUUCCGAAGUCACUGCCGAAAAUGUAAGUGAGGAACAGAGCAAAGAUUUCGAUCAGAACAUUUCUAUGGAAUACGAUUGGAACAUCGAUGAAUUCACUAACAUGGCUGCACAUUUCCAGAAGGCAAUACAAUUAUCGAAGAACGACCAUCCGGAAGAAUUAUCGACGAGUUUCACUAUACAUCAGAACGGUCGCAAAAGAAGAAAAAGAUUAAACGGAUCUUCGAUCGAUUACACAUUCGAUGACAGCUCGAAAACGGCCUAUCAGAGUGUUUUUCACGAAUGCGUCGAUACGCCGACCGCGACGUCGUCUCUGAAGAUCAACGUGGAGGAAGAAAUGUGGCAAUCGGACGAUUGUGACAGUUGUGACAGCGAAAUAAACCACUUUUGGCGCCGAUCAUCCUUAAUUGAAGGAUGCGACCAGGAAUUUGAUAGUUCACUGUUGUUGGGUCGGAAGAGCGAUGAUUCAGCGAGUGAAAAGUCUUGUAACGACGUGCAUGAGACGAUGAGCGGCGCGUGUUACAAAUAUCGCGAAACACCGGAUAUUUUCUUGAUGAUGAGCGAGAACAAUUCUACAUGUUUGGAUGAUGAUAUGGAAAUCAGCAAUUUUGUAAAACAUGAUGAAACGAAGAAUGUAGUCACGUACACAAACAAAAAUAAGACUAUGAAUGGGUCGUCAUCGGUAGACCCAAGUAUUACCAAGAAUGAAAAGAAUGAAAAGGUUGAAAAGGAUCAAAAGGAUCAAAAGGAUCAAAAACCAAAGGUCAAGGACCAAAAUUUCGAAGUUCGAAAAAGUAGAAAAAGUGUGAAAGCUGAUAGCGAAUCGAGUUCAAUGCAAAAACGCUCAGAAAGCAAAGGUAACGAUUCGGAAAUCGAUUACGAUAAAAAGGAAUAUCUUACCCGAGGAAAGACGAAGGCUUUAGGAACAAAGCCUGACAAGAACCACAUCGGCAAGCUAGUAUGGGGUUCAUGUUCAGGAUGGUGGCCAGCUCUGAUCAUCGAUGCUUCACAUGCAGGCAUGCUCGCUUCUCCAGGCAAAUUAUGGGUUUACUGGCUUGGAGAUGCACAAAUAUCAUCGCUUACGGAAAGAACUCAGAUAGAACCGUUCUCGAAGAGAUUGGAGCAGCGAUUGUCGCAGCCGCCACGUAACAAUCAAGUUUCACGCGCUAUUGAUACAACUAUACAGAUGCUUCGCCAACGUUUCGAGACUCCUCUGACAAAGCCUUAUUAUGAAUGGAUACGACGGAAUGUAAACGAUUUGGAGAAAUUGGAUGAGUUGACGUUUUAUCCAUAUCCCACAAAAGUGCAACAAAGACUGGACGAAUUGAAGGAAAUAAAUUCCACAGCUAGGGAGAAAUAUGCAUCAAAACAGCGGAAAAAUUCACACUCACCUCUACCGGCGAAAAAACAGGUUAGUGAAAAAUAUAAGGAACCAAAAAGUACAAGCUGGAAACAGAUCGAGGAAGAGCGUUUACCUUUACGAAACCAACAUCCUGGUGUGAUAACUUGGGCGAAAAUUGCUGGACAUAAUUGGUGGCCCGCAAUGAUUAUUGAUUAUCGCGAUUGCUGCUUGAAAGAACCAAGUUUUGGUUGUCAAUGGAUCAUGUGGUAUGGCGAUUACAAAGUUUCCGAGAUUCGUCAUCUCGAGUUUCUGAAAUUUCAUAAGGGAUUAGAAAAGUUGCACAACUACAUUAAAAAUACAACUAAACAAUCGUAUGUUACAGGCGUGCUUCAAGCUUCAAAGGAUUAUUGCUCUCGUUUAGGAUGCAACACGGAUAACUGGACUUUAGAUAAUGUCUUUGAGUAUUUUUCAAAUACGAAUAAUAUUCACGUACCAAAUAACGAAUUACAAGUUUCAGACUCUAACAAGAUAUAUGAUAAAUAUUCUGAUGAAAUCAAUAAAAGAAUGAACGAAUUUAAAGCAAAGCCAGAUAUAAAUAAUGAUCGAAGAAAUGAUAUAAAAGAGAGUGAUGCUUUGCGUCGCGUAAUAUCAGGAGAAGUAUCAGUAAACAAAUUAUGUUUAAAAUGUUUGGAGUUUACUAAAAACAAAAUGGAAGAUCAUCCAUUCUUUGUAGGAUCUUUAUGUAAAGAAUGUUCGGACGAAUUCAAACCGUGUAUGUUCGUGUUUGGGAACGAUGACAAGUGCUUUUAUUGCACAGUUUGCGCCGGUUCCGGAACUCUUAUUCUUUGUGACAGAGAAGAUUGUCCUCGUGUUUACUGCACAGCUUGUAUGAAGUAUUUGGUAUGUCCAAAAGAAUAUGAUACUAUGCUGACGGAAGAUCCAUGGGAUUGUUUCCUCUGCAGAGAUGAAUCUAGACAACCUGUGGACCCAGUAUUACGUCCGCGGCCGGACUGGAAAAACAAAAUUACUGGAAUGUUCCGUACAUCUCAUGUCAUAUCAAAUGAAAUUAAUAUUGCACAUUAUCAAAAAAAGAAACCUAUACGUGUUCUAUCACUUUUCGAUGGUUUGGGUACUGGUUUGUUAGUACUUUUAAAAUUAGGAAUCGACGUAGAAGUUUAUUAUGUGAGUGAAAUUGACAGAGAUGCCUUAAUGGUUAGCAGUGCUCAUUUCGGUGAUCGUAUUACUUACUUAGGAGAUGUAAGGGGCAUAGACAAAGAGACAAUUGAUGAAAUUGCUCCGAUCGACUUGUUAAUCGGUGGAUCGCCGUGUAAUGAUUUAAGUAUUGUCAAUCCUGCGCGAUUAGGUCUUCACGAUCGCAAUGGGACAGGUAUUCUUUUUUUCGACUAUACCAGAAUUAAAGAUCUAUUAAUAACUGCUAAUAAAGGUCGCCACCUGUUUUGGAUGUUCGAGAAUGUCGCUUCCAUGCCAACCAAGUACCGAUUAGAAAUGAACAAGUGUUUGGGACAAGAACCUUACGUCAUAGAUUCGGCGGAUUUCUCGCCGCAGCACAGACUUAGACUGUAUUGGCACAAUAUUCCCUUUAAUCCUUAUAUGGUACUGUUUCAUAAACGGCAGGAUGUUCAAGAUGUACUCACGAAACAUUGCGAUCGUCACGCUCUUGUGAAGAAAAUUCGCACGGUUACUACAAGAUCAAAUUCUUUGAGAUGUGGGAAAGCAGAAUUAAAACCAAUCAUAAUGAAAGGUGAAAGUGACACGUUAUGGACCACUGAGCUCGAAGAAAUUUUUGGUUUUCCACGACAUUACACGGACGUGAAAAAUUUAUCGGCGACAGAUCGACAAAAACUGAUCGGUAGGUCUUGGAGCGUGCAAACCAUUAUGGCCAUAUUGCAACCUUUAUGCUCCUACUUUAAGUGCAAUGAAAAUGAGACAAAGUUAUGCACAGCGCAGGGAAAUAUUUUUUCAUCGCAUAAUAACAAACAUUUUUAGUGAAAUUUUCGUUUUCUAGUAAUUUUAUUUUACUAGAAAACAAAUAUGACGAAAUCAAAUCAUUUUUGUUUUAUAUCGUUUUUAACAACGAUUAAUAAUGUGAUCGAUAAUUUUACAUGUACAUAUAUAUUUAAUUACAUACAUAUAUAUACAUACAUAUAUAUGUAUAUAUGUAUAUGUAUAUAUAUAUAUAUACAUCUAUAUAUGUAUAUACAUACACAUAUGGGUUAAAUGUUCCUCAUCAAAAGAUAGUAGAUGAAGUUUACACUUGUUUCUUUAAAAUUUGUAAAAUAAUGCAAUUAUAGACAUGAUAUGAAUAGACUAAGCAUACUGUUACUAAGUUGACACGAACAAAUAAUGAAAGUGAGAUAGAAACGGAAAUACACGAGCGUCUCUAUUUUCUGCGUCUCUUCACACAUGCGCCAUUUAUUUUUUAACUGGUCAGAUCAUAGUAUAAGCAUCCCAGACAACACACAGGUCCAAAAUCGACAUAAGACGUCAUUAAGACAUCUUUUUGACUAGGUGUCUAAAAAAACACCUGUCUUUUAGACGUCUUAUGUCCCGAUUUUGGGCAUGCGUGCUGUCUGGGAUAGUAUAAAUAUCAAAUUGAAAUAUGUACAUAUGAUAUCUGUUUGACAGCAUUUAGUAUACUAAAUGUUUAAGAGUAUUUAAUAUUUAAUGUUAUUAAUAAAAAAAAUACCAAGAAAAUGUGCAGUGUGCAACUCUGAAAAACUACUAAUCGUAAUUAUAUUAUCACAAUUUUGCACAUAGUCGCACACCACACACUUUCGUGGCAUUUUUUUAAUUAAUGAUAUUAAAUCAAUUUAAUUUUUAGUAAUGAGAUUAAAUAAAUUUAAUUUAAAAUAGUAUUAAUUAUUAAUAACAACCCAGACAACACACAUGUCCCAAAUCGGGACAUAACGGUGGCUAAAAGAUGUCUUAAUAACGUCUUUAAGACGUCUUAUGUAAUUUUUGGACAUGUGCUGUCUGGGAAAUUAUAUUCACAAAUAUAUAGAAAUAAAUUCACUACACAAAUAUAUACGAAAUGUUACCAAAUACAUAGGCAUGUGUCUGAUAACAUUUCAUAGUAUGAAUAUAUUAGAAUUUGAAUAUAUUGAAUAUUUAUAUUACGUCUAUGCUAUCAGAUCAGAUAAAAAUAAUUUGCGUGUGUCUUAUUCCAAAUAUUUACUGACGUCAUGCUUUUCUAUUGGAAGAAGUGGAUAAUAUUCCGUCUAUUCAUUAUGUUUAUGAAUAUAUAAUCAUUUAUUUUACUUAAUUAAUUCUGUUACAAUUACUGAUUCCUUUUUUACUUGUUAAUGUUAAUGUAUUGGUUUUUAUCAGCAAUUAUGCAAUUAUGUAUA